UCCUCCGAGCCAGCAGCCUCAGUUCAGUACGGUGGCCGGCGGGAGCCAGACGCUGGGGAAGAAUGAAGGACCAAGAGUGACGAUGACUGAGUGUACAAGCCUUCAGUUUGUCAGCCCUUUUGCUUUUGAAGCAAUGCAAAAGGUGGAUGUUGUUCGCCUGGCGUCUUUAAGUGAUCCAGAAUUAAGACUUCUCUUGCCCUGCUUGGUGAGGAUGGCACUUUGUGCUCCUGCUGACCAGAGCCAAAGUUGGGCUCAGGAUAAAAAGCUUAUCCUUCGCCUUCUGUCUGGUGUGGAAGCUGUCAACUCCAUUGUCGCAUUAUUGUCUGUGGACUUCCAUGCUUUAGAACAAGAUGCCAGCAAAGAACAGCAGCUUAGGCAUAAACUUGGUGGAGGUAGUGGAGAGAGCAUCCUGGUAUCACAGCUUCAGCAUGGACUGACACUAGAAUUUGAACACAGUGAUUCACCUCGUCGAUUGCGGCUUGUACUUAGUGAACUGUUGGCAAUUAUGAACAAGGUAUCUGAAUCCAGUGGAGAAUUUUUUUUCAAGUCUUCUGAGCUCUUUGAAAGUCCAGUGUAUUUGGAGGAAGCUGCAGAUGUACUUUGCAUUUUACAAGCAGAACUCCCUUCCUUGCUUCCUAUAGUGGAUGUAGCUGAAGCCUUGCUACAUGUUAAAAAUGGUGCCUGGUUCUUGUGUCUUUUGGUAGCCAAUGUUCCUGAUAGUUUUAAUGAAGUUUGCAGGGGUCUGAUCAAAAAUGGAGAACGGCAAGAUGAAGAGAGUCUUGGAGGAAGGCGGAGGACAGAUGCCUUACGCUUCCUAUGCAAAAUGAAUCCUUCUCAGGCCCUAAAGGUGGAAGAAUGUCAUUUGCCGGGCCUUGGAGUAGCUUUGACAUUGGAUCAUACUAAAACCGAAUCUUGUGAAGAUGGAGUGAGUGACUUGGUUUGCUUUGUUAGUGGCUUGCUUCUUGGAACAAAUGCAAAAGUCCGGACUUGGUUUGGAACCUUUAUUCGAAAUGGACAGCAGAGAAAAAAAGAGACCAGUAGUUCUGUCCUUUGGCAGAUGAGAAGGCAGCUUCUUCUGGAAUUGAUGGGCAUUCUUCCCACUGUACGAAGUACGCGCAUCGUGGAAGAAGCAGAUAUGGAGAUGGAGCCCAAUGUGUCUGUGUACUCAGGGCUGAAGGAAGAGCAUGUGGUGAAAGCCAGCGCCCUCUUACGUCUGUACUGUGCCUUGAUGGGGAUCGCUGGACUCAAGCCAACUGAAGAAGAAGCUGAACAGUUACUGCAGCUGAUGACCAGCCGUCCUCCCGCCACACCAGCUGGGGUUCGCUUUGUUUCGCUUUCCUUCUGUAUGCUGCUGGCCUUUUCUACACUUGUCAGUACACCAGAACAGGAGCAGCUAAUGGUGGUGUGGCUAAGCUGGAUGAUCAAAGAAGAAGCUUACUUUGAGAGUACAUCAGGUGUCUCUGCUUCUUUUGGAGAGAUGUUGUUAUUGGUGGCCAUGUACUUUCACAGCAACCAGCUUAGUGCUAUCAUUGACUUAGUCUGCUCCACUUUGGGGAUGAAGAUUGUCAUUAAGCCCAGCUCCUUGAGCAGGAUGAAGACUAUCUUCACACAGGAGAUUUUCACUGAGCAGGUUGUCACAGCUCAUGCAGUUCGAGUCCCUGUCACCAGCAGCCUGAGUGCCAACAUUACUGGGUUUUUGCCCAUUCAUUGUAUAUACCAACUUCUCAGGAGUCGUUCAUUUACCAAGCACAAAGUUUCCAUCAAAGAUUGGAUUUAUAGACAACUCUGUGAAACCUCCACUCCACUCCAUCCUCAGUUACUUCCUCUGAUUGAUGUAUAUAUAAAUUCUAUACUUACUCCUGCAUCUAAAUCUAAUCCCGAAGCUACAAAUCAGCCAGUCACCGAGCAGGAGAUACUUAAUAUUUUCCAAGAAGUCAUUGGGGGUGACAACGUCCGCCUUAAUCAGCAUUUCAGUAUCACAGCGCAGCUUUUGGUGCUCUAUUAUAUACUGUCUUAUGAGGAAGCACUGCUAGCAAACACAAAAACUUUAGCUUCCAUGCAGAGGAAACCCAAAUCAUAUUCUUCUUCUUUAAUGGAUCAGAUUCCUAUCAAAUUCUUGAUUCGACAGGCUCAAGGGCUGCAGCAGGAGUUGGGAGGGCUGCAUUCAGCUUUACUACGUCUCCUUGCAACUAAUUACCCACAUUUAUGUAUUGUGGAUGACUGGAUCUGUGAAGAAGAAAUCACAGGGACUGAUGCCCUGUUAAGGCGAAUGCUCCUGACUAAUAAUGCCAAAAACCACUCUCCUAAACAACUCCAACAAGCAUUUUCAGCUGUCCCAGUGAGUCACACACAAGUGAUGCAGAUUAUAGAACACUUGACUCUGCUCUCUGCCAGUGAACUUAUACCAUAUGCAGAAGCAUUAACAUCCAAUAUGAACCAGCUGCUGGACUCAGGGGUUCCACGGAGAAUUCUUCAGACGGUCAAUAAAUUGUGGAUGGUUCUUAAUACUGUGAUGCCAAGAAGGCUGUGGGUAAUGACAGUUAAUGCACUUCAACCAUCUAUAAAGUUUGUACGACAACAAAAGUAUACUCAGAAUGAUCUGAUGAUAGAUCCUCUCAUUGUCCUAAGGUGUGAUCGGCGGGUUCACAGGUGCCCCCCACUGAUGGAUAUUACUCUACACAUGCUGAAUGGGUAUCUCCUUGCAUCUAAAGCUUACCUUAGUGCCCACCUGAAGGAAACAGCAGAGCAAGACAGACCUUCUCAGAACAAUACAAUGGGUUUGGUUGGACAAACUGAUGCCCCAGAAGUUACCAGAGAAGAACUGAAAAAUGCAUUACUGGCUGCUCAGGAUAGUGCAGCUGUCCAGAUUCUCUUAGAGAUUUGUUUACCUACUGAAGAGGAGAAAGCAAAAGGUGCCAAUACAGACAGCUUGCUCAGGAAUAUUCAAAGUGUUAUUACUACCAGCCUUCCAAAUAAGGAAACAGAGGAAGGAGAAGACAAUUUGCUCUGUAACCUUCGAGAAGUUCAGUGCCUUAUCUGUUGUCUGUUGCACCAAAUGUACAUUGCAGAUCCCAACAUUGCUAAACUUGUUCACUUUCAGGGCUAUCCAUGUGAACUUUUGCCUCUGACAGUGGCAGGUAUUCCAUCUAUGCACAUCUGUCUGGAUUUCAUACCUGAGCUUAUUGCCCAGCCAGAACUUGAAAAACAGAUAUUUGCUAUACAGUUGCUGUCUCACUUGUGUAUCCAGUAUGCAUUACCAAAGUCACUUAGUGUGGCUCGCUUAGCUGUCAAUGUUAUGGGAACUUUGCUAACAGUUCUAACACAGGCUAAGCGGUAUGCUUUUUUCAUGCCAACACUUCCAAGUUUGGUCUCUUUUUGUCGAGCAUUUCCUCCACUGUAUGAGGAUAUUAUGUCUUUGCUAAUUCAAAUAGGGCAAGUUUGUGCCUCUGAUGUUGCUACUCAGACAAGAGACAUUGAUCCAAUCAUCACACGUCUUCAACAAGUAAAGGAGAAACCAAGUGGAUGGUCUCAAAUCUGUAAAGAUCCAUCUUAUAAAAAUGGAUCCAGGGAUACUGGAAGCAUGGAUCCUGAUGUACAGCUCUGUCACUGCAUUGAAAGCACAAUAAUUGAAAUAAUAAACAUGAGCGUUAGUGGAAUUUGAAAAGGGAGAUGAAAAGAAAAGGUGAAGCUGUUUGCUGCAUAUCCCCAGCAGGAAUUUGCAUCUUACAGCAACUCUAAACAGAAUGGGAACAAUGAUAUCUUGGAAUUGCUGAAAUGAUUCAGUUCAACAUGAAUAUAAUUUAGAACUCUGAGAAUUAUAUUUGAUUAUAUUUGAUUGGCAUAUCUUUGGAUCUGCACUGAUGGCAUGUUUAUACUGUAGCAGCUGAACUUUUUUUCCAUUGGGAACACAUUUAAGAAACUCAUUACUAGAAAAGGAUCAGGCCUUCUGAAGAAGCUUUUGAAGUAAAGAAAGCUUGCUAGGCCUUUAAUUUAAUUUCUUAUAAAAAUGAGCAUUUGGAGAGCCCUCAUGUUUGCGAGCAUUUAACAGUUCUCAACAAAGAUUUGGAAUGGUAGGAGGGAGAAAAAAGAAUAUAGGGAAAUGUAGAGAAUUUAGGAAAAAUGAGGAGUUAAAUACACAAAAAUCGCAGACUUGCAAUGCAAGUAAUAGUAAUGCAGGUUGAAAUUCUAGUUUGCAAGAAAGAGUAAAAAGGCUUUUUAAUGUGACUGUCUUGGAAUUACACAUGAGGAUGUCAAGAUUUCACAUAUUUGCUUCAGUUUUUCCUAAUAUAUGAAGCCAUAUGUUUAAAGAGAUACUUGAAUAAUUUGGAGUUUUAAGAUACUGAUUGUAAAGUAUUUACAGAAACAUCUUUGUGCAAAGAAGAACCUGAAAAUAAAUCUCAUUUAUCUUAUUUUUUAAACUUAUUUUUAUAAUGCUUUAUUAACUUAUCGAAUUCUCAGAGGGGUGAAGAUGUAUCAAAUUAAAUGAAUUUUAGAGCAAUAAAACCCACUAGAUAAAAGAGCUCUUGGUUUGUCAUCAGGAUUAUAAUGCACAUUUUACUGAGAUGAUAUUUGAGUAAGAAAAUAUAUACAGUGUUUGAACCUCAGGAAAAAUUUAAGUGUGGAAAAUACUGUAUUGCUGAAAAAGGUUGCAGUCCUCUGUUGGUAACUUCCAUUGGUUAAGCAGAUGCAUUCAGAGAACCAUGACCACAUUUUAAGAAUUAAGUGUCCAAUGUAGAAGGUACUUCUCUUUGCUGUGUGAGCUAUACCUCAAUCAUUCCCACUCCACUGAAACAGACCUCUUGUACAAGAAGGUAGGCAAGCUAAUAGGAAAGUUUGACUUGUUUAAGAAAUGAAGGUUAGCUCCAGCCUUUCCACUAGAACACAGUCACAUCUCAUUUUCCUUCUUUGUAAAAUGGGGUUACUCCUGGCCCUACCUCAUAAGGGUAUUCUGUUAAAACAAGUUUAUAGCCGUUUUCAAUCAUGAAGUGCAUAGUAUCAUGCAUGAAAGAAUACAACUUUUUAUUAGAUGCUUACUGUUAAGUAAUUUUGAUGUGAAGAGUACAAGAAUAUGCUUUAAAUAUACCAUUGAAUUUUCAUAUUUUUAAACAAAGCAGUUUUGUAGUCUCUUAAGAUUAAAUACAACUGCUCCUGUUUUGUUUUUAAAUGAGGCCUUUCUGGAAUAUUUUGUGUGAAUAGUAUCCUUUAGGAAUUCAGAAAUGUUUGAAGUACAUUUUGUAAAGAAAUGCAGUACACAUUUGCUAGAUCAAUUUUCAAAGACUGGUUAUAACCUGCUGUGCUAAAAUAAUAACAUGCUCUUUUUCAUCUGAUUUGUUGAUGAUGUAAAUAAAUGUGUAAAUACUAUUAGUAAAUGUUAAUAUUCAUGUAUCUUAAGUUAAGGUUAUAAAAUUUAUCACAAUGUGAUUUUUUUUAUUAAAGUGAAAACAGAUGUGUGCAACUAUUUUGAAUAUUGAUUUAUAAACAUUCAAA